AAUACGAACAUGAAGCAAAGGAGAUGGAGAAGGGCAAAGAAAAUGACAGAGGACCCUACCGCGACAAACUCAAAUUAAACGCGAGGCAAAGGUACAUAGAGAAGCUGCAAAUGCUUAACAAUGUCGAUCCCUACGAUAUAACGGCCAAGGACUGGAGUCAAGACCCCGCUGUACUCCCGCCACUGACAUAUCCCGACAUUGUAAACUAUCUGGUUUUUGGACUGAGUGCAUAUACUUUACAAGAAUUUAAAAGUUAUAAAUCUUUAGAAGCCCAUGAGCAGUUCUGCAGCGGGUGGGUGCAAGAUUUACUCAUUCACAAGCCAGAAAACUCAGCGAACACAGUCGCAGUAGCAAAGGUCAUGCACUCCCAGCGUCUCAACGAGGCUCCUCUGAAGGCUUGGGUUAUACUCAGCUCAACUGGUGUAGUUCGGGCAGCUCAUUGUACGUGCAUGGCUGGUGUUGGCGAGACAUGUACACACAUUGGUGCCCUACUUUUCAAAGUGGAAGCUACUGUCUGGUGCAGGGAAGUGAAAACAGUCAGAGACAAACCUGCAUACUGGAUCCUACCUGGUAAUGUCAACAAAGUGCAUGCUGCUGAGAGUCAUCACAUUAAUUACACUUCUGCUGCCUCCUCCCGAAAAUCCCUGAAAGGAGCCCUCCCACAAGCUGUUUCUAUUUAG